CCCACAAUUUGUCGCAAUCCUGUUUGUAAUAAUCGAACGCGUUUCAUACUUGAUGUUGAUAAGUCACACUUCAUUGAUUUUCAAAAGGUCCGAAUUCAAGAAACUCAGUCGGAACUUCCUCGUGGGUCAAUCCCUCGUAGUCUGGAAGUGAUCCUUCGUGGAGACUGUGUGGAACUAGCCCAGGCAGGGGACCGUUGUGAUUUUAUUGGAACACUUAUUGUUGUGCCAGACGUGGCUGUAUUGUCUCUACCGGGAGCUAAAGCUGAAACAUCGACUCGAAUGACUGGAAAUAGAGCAUAUGAAGUUGAAGGGGUACGUGGGCUGAAGGCUUUGGGAGUACGAGAUCUUAAUUACAGACUUGCUUUUUUGGCUUCGUCAGUAAAGACGAGGAAUAGAGUCGCCUUGGAAGACUGCAGUGAGGAAAUAAUCAGAGAAAUGUACAACGACAGAGAUUUGUACCAAAACCUCUGUUCUAGCCUUUUCCCAUCAAUUCACGGUUGA